GGUCAAAGGUAAAAACAAACAUGGCGUCUUCCAGGAAAGCGACCGUGAUGUUAAAGGCGGUGAAGAAGAUAGCCGUCCAGUUUUGUCCUUUUGAGUCCAACGUUCGGUCGACGCGGGAGUUCCUGUUCGCCGUGGCCUCGGAUAAGGCCAGAUCCACAAAUUUAAACUGCGAGGUGAUAACGACAGUCAAACAUGACAAGUCAGAACCAGUAGUGGAUGUUACUUACGUGGAUGGAGAGAGGCUGGUGAUGAAGGGCAGCAACCUGACCAGCAGCGAGAUGCUCAACGCUUUUAAGGCCCGCUGCAUGGCCAAGGACCCCCAGGCCAAAUAAUGAUCGUGAUGUGGAUUUUACUUGUGUACAUAUCUAGAUAUUUAUAAUAAAAUAUUAGAGAGGCACGAUAUCUUUUUUCAAAUUGAUACCGAUAACUUUCUGCUUCCCAAGACUGAUAUGAUACCGAUAACUGAUAACUUUUUUAUGUGUACUUUUUAAAAAUUUAGAUUGAACUGUAGUUUGUGGAGGUAAGAAGGACUGAAACAAAUUAGGAGUUGUUCUUUUGUCCUAAAUCAAAUAUGAUGACAUUACUUCUACCACAUCACUACUAUCAGGAGAACCAGAGGUGAGAGGGGGAGGAGCCACCUGGCGUGGCCCAGCAAGGUGCACUGUAUUCGGGCACACGCUCCCGAGCAGCCGGUGUGCUGCUAUGGAGGUCAUGACAACCAGAGUAUAGAGCAGAGGGAGUCACCUGGCGUGGCCCAGCAAGGUGCACUGUAUUCGGGCACACGCUCCUGAGCAGCCGGUGUGACGCUUCGGAGGUCUCUGGCAAACUUUUUGCACUUUUCAAACGCCGCGGCUCUGGCGUUUCAGGUGGCUUGAUAAGGUUUUUUGUGCUCAAUGUUAUUUUUGUAUGUUUUAUUUUUCUCCCCUCAUCGUGGAUCAUUAGGUACAACAUCCUUCCUCUUAAAGUUAAUGUUUGUUAACAUCACAGGCAGGAGGGAAAAAGGAGCCCUUGAUUUCCUCGCCUGCACAGUACGGGUAAUCUUGCCUCAUUGGAGCAUGUUUUGAAAUUAUCGAUUAUCGGAGCUAAUUUUAAUGUUAAAAAUAAUUAUCCUAAACUCAUAGCUGUGGCUGUAGGAAACCUGAUGUGUUUUUUUUUUCUUAAAGAACUCCACAAGAGGGCGAGCUGCACGUGCGGCUUUACGUACCUGCGGCUGCUCACACCGUAUGUCCGUCAUGAGUGCAUGGCGUCGGACUGGCUAUGUGUCCACGGCCCCCCUCCUUCCUGGUUCUCACGACCUCCAUGGCAGCACCGAGGCUUCUCACAAAACAUGAGCGCCACGGCACCCUCGUGCGCUUUAAAAUAUCAAUAUGAAUGCAUGUGUACACUCGCUGUACUGUUGUUUACAGAGCAGUUUGCUCCUUACCGCUAUGACAACAUUGGUUGUGUUGUGCAAUACAGUAAUCCCUCAUUUAUCUCGGUUAAUUGGUUCCUCGCCUGACCGUGAUAAGUGAAAUGGAAUAUUUUCGUAGUUAGCGAAUGGGAAACCUGUUUAUGACCGUCUAAAUAUGUUUUUUAAACAUUAUUAGAGCCUUCGACACAUGAAUAACACCCCUAUAGUCACCUUUACACUCCUACUAUCCAAUAUAGUAGACGUAAUAGCGCAAAAAAGAUAAGACACAUGCAGGAGAAAACAGUCAAAUGUCAUUGUUGACUGAUAAUGCAUUGCUUUCCUGAUCAAAUAUGAACCCAAUUCCAAUAGUUUGGGGAGGAUAUUUUGCAAGCUAUGACCUUUAGCACAGCAAGAGCUUUUGACAGUGCAGGGUAAA